CAAGGCCAAGCACGAACAAAACUCUCUGUCCCUCACUCUCUCUAUAUCUCUUUGAUUGUGUGCUUUUCUCAUCGUUUCUUUCACUCCACAGAGAAAUGGCUGCAAAUAAAAGCAUGGCCUUCUUGAUGCUAAUCACAUUCCUUGUGGCUUCCACAAUGGCACAAUCUCCUUCAUCUUCCCCUGCAUCCUCACCCACCAAAUCACCACCAGUCGCUGCCCCACCACCAAAAGCCUCUGCUCCUGCACCCACCACCGUGAAACCACCGGCAUCUGCACCAUCUCCAUUGGAAAUCCCACCACCGGCAGCAAAUGCACCAUCCCCCACCACUACCACUUCUCCUCCUUCUCCUCUCCCAGUGACUCCAGUUCCCUCAACUGGAGAUGUCCCUCCUUCUACAAUCGGCUCUCCAGCUGUAGCCCCCGCUCCUGCCAAUGGUGCCGUUUUGAAUAGAUUUGCUCUCGGUGGAUCCGUUGCCGUUGGUGUUUUGGCUGCCGUUUUGGUGCUUUAGGGUGGAGAGACUUGGAGAUUAUUUUUGCUCCAUAUUUUUUUAUGAUCGACGUCUUUUUUUUUCCUUAUUACAUUGCUUUAUUACUGAAUUAUUUGUACUUAUAUUCAUUAAAUAUAUUAUUGAUAUUGUUUCAACUCA